AAAUCAAGAAUGAACUGCAGAGCUUCAGUUCUGGGAUCAGUGUUAUCUGUGAUAGAAAGUUUUAAACAGUGAGAUGAUAUGUCACCCAUCUUUGUUUGGAUUAGUACACUCAACUUCCCGCGGACUGGAUAUUUUACUCUGAUGCAGAGAGGAUCUUGGAAACAACUUGAAAACUGCGUAUGAGCAGCCAGACGCGCCCAUGAGACAGGUGAACAGAUACAGAGACACAGGGUAUUCGUUAUUUGGACAAAAGCUCAUUUAAUUGACAGCAUUGGAUGUCUAGACACCAGCCGUCCUCAACAGGCAAAGCUUGCUGCUGCUUCAGAAUAAGGUCUCUGGAUAGAAGACUGCAGGGGUCUCACCAUGGUGCACGAGAAGAACGACGGGAUAAACAAAGAAAUGGCCGUUCCACCAUUUCCACAGAAUAGACCCGCUCUGUCAUGGGAACUGAAGAUCAAGAAGACGCUGAAGUUGGUGCCUCCUUUUCUGGGAAAGUUCAGACCAAUCGUUGGACAGUGCUGCCACCAGUGCACCCCAGACAGUCUGAGCAAGAAGACUGGCCAAAACUUUUUCCUCGGCUUCCAUGACUUGUUGAAAGUCAACGAGACGCACACCAGGUAUCGAGGCUGGCUUGUGCGGAGGGUAUGCUGUGUGCUGUUUGUGAGUGGGUGCAAGGUUUACGCAAGCCCUGCUAACAACAGACUGGAGAGAGUCUGUCAGAGCAACAGGGUGAAGGAGGCGCUCACAGCUGAGCAUAAUGCACCAGAGGGGGGAGACAGCCGAGGGCAGAUCAACCGCCUCUCACCAUUCCUCCCCCUCAUUAACACCUGCAUCAUCCCGAGCCUCUUACGGUUCGUGGGCUGGGUGGUGCUGAAGAUGUUUGCUUCCAUAUUCGACAGUAUUCAAGUUAACCUCAACCAUCUGCCAGCUUUGCACAGAGCCUCACAAGAGGGAUCUUUGCUGGUUUACGUGUAUGUGCGUCAGAGCAUCAUGGACUGUGCUCUCAUCCCUCUGGUGCUUCUCUGCCACAACCUGAGAGUCCCAUACACUGUAUCUCCCCUCCAGAUUAACAGCUACUCCCUAAGAUCAAUCAUGCAGAAAGUAGGUGUGGUCCUCCUGCCGCCCUCUGCUGUGACUGAGCAGGACGCUGAGCUGGACAGUCUGUACUCAAUGGUCAUGACCUCUCUGGUACGUGAGCUGCUACAUGAGGGCCAGGCGCUAAGUGUUGGUGUGUCAGCGGAGUCUGGCCGAGGUGGCCAGUGGCUGGCUCGCAUCAGACAGCUCAUCAAAGAGGGAUCUGUCCCUGAUGUCAGUCUGGUCCCUGUGGGCAUCUCCUAUGACUGUGUGCCCAAGACCAAGAACAUACAGGUUGGCUUAAGCUCCUUGUUGCCGUUGCUGUGGUCUCUUCUCUGGAGGCGGCCAGGAGGAGGUGUGAGGAUCCACUUUGCUCAGCCCUUUUCUCUCAAGGAGAUGUGUGAGUCAGGGAGGUGCAGAGUGGAUGAAUGGCUCCCUCUACAGGACUUGUUGCUGCCUGUUAUCCUCGACAACAGGACCAACAGUGUGUUUGGGCGGAGGAGGAUGUCGUGGCUCCUGCCUUCUUCUCAUUAUGCUUCUGAACUCAAAGAGCCAACUCAUCCAGAGAGAGACCUGAGCAUCGCUAUCAUCCUCCACCUCAUCUACUCUGCAACCUCCUGCAUGGCUGUGAUGUCCACCAGUUUGGUGUCAAGUCUUUUGCUGUACAGGCGCCGCAAGGGCACGAGUACAUCUCUGCUGUGUCGUGAUGUGGCCUGGCUCACAGAGGAAGUCUUGUUCAGGAACAAAGAUGUCGGUUUUGGGGGGAGUUUGGCGGAAGUUAUCCACUAUUCCCUCUCUCUGCUCGCCCCUCAUCUCAUCAUAGCUGCAGUGCCAUCUAGCAAAGACCCUUUCAUUGUGCCCCGUCCUUCUCUUGCUGCUACACUUCAUCUCACCUUCCAGGCCCAGAUUGUCACACACACCUUCAUUUUGGAAGCUGUUGGGGCAUGUGCAGUAUCAGCCAUGCUGUGCGAGGUGGCCAGCAGUGGCGUCACAAUGGUGAGGAGCAGCGGUGUGGACGGGAAGGAGGUGAAAGAUGACAUGGAGUUCGAUGUGGUGCUCUGCCAAUCUGAACUGACGGAGAGAGCCCUGCAGCUCUGCCAUCUUCUGCCUCCGGGCUUCAUGCCACCCUGUCAGUCGUCCCAGAGUUUCGCACUGGAUGCAGUUGACAGUCUGGUACGCUGUGGCAUCCUGAUUAUGGAAGAAAUACCCAGGGAGGUUCCCAAGUGUGAUGUCUGGAAGAAGGACGCUCUGACUUGGACCACCAGUGACGAUCCUUAUAACAGUGACUCUGACUGUGAGGAACAGGAUCUGCAUUCAUACAAGAUAAGCCAGUCCAGUCAGUGUCCAGAGAUGCUCUUCUUCCUCUGCAGUAUGCUAUCUGGUCAUCUGAGGACGCUGUGCUGGGCGACCACCAAACUGGACCUUCUACACACACCUCUGCUGGAAGCAGAGUUUGUGGCUCAGAUACACUCCCAUCUGUGUGACACAGCAAGUAAGAAGAAACAGCACUAUGAGAGCUGCUCGGAGGAGGCUGCACACACUGCAGUUAGAACACUAAUAGACCUGGGGGUCCUUUUGGAGGAGCAUCACAAAGAAGGUGUCUUCCUGGAUGUCAGUCCUUUGUUCCAGUUGUCAGACAACAGGAAGAAACUGCACCGCUUCAUCUCACAUUACCUCUACAAUUAAUGUGUUUCACCGAGCAGCACAACUGGAGGCGUGACUUGGCUUUGUUUUGGGUGCAGAGUCUGACCUCUUCUUCUGUUAGUGUCAGAGAAACUUGUGUUCAGUGUUAAAGAAAGAUCCCCCCCUGAGUCGGCGCCUUUAGGUUAAUUGCAUUUUGAUUUUUCAGUGAUGAGACAUUGAUUUUUAAGUUUAUCUUUCAUAAUAGCAUUAGCAUAAAGCCACAGGAGACGAGGAUUAUGAAGUCCCUGUAAUCAGUUUGUAAGGACUCGGCUUGGUGCAGCUCAUGUUUCGACCAUGUUUAUGUUGUUGUUUGUAACGUGAACAGUAAGCUUAGUUCUGCUUCUUUCUAGUUUUUCACAAUUAAAGUUAAACCAAUGUUCUUUCUGAGAAUAAACAAAUUUGCUUCUUUCAUCACUAACUCCACACAUCUCAACUGGCUAUGUUUUACAGUAGUUUAUUAUUAUGCUCACUAAUUCAAGUAUUGAUUCAGAGUACCACUUUGACUUCUUUCCUCCCGAAUGUAGAUCUUGUAAACCUGCUGACUCAGACCUCAGAGGAGUCAGUCUGUCCGUCAAAGACCUUUUGACACAGAGAUGUAGGCAAAUCAAUACUUCAGUUUGAUCGUGGCAAACAGCUUUUUCUGGGAGGCAUUAAUAUUUUUAGUUUGCGCACUGCUUGUACAGUCAAUACUCAGCAUGGCUGUUUUUUUUUGUUUUUUUACAUUUUACCUUGGCGACAAACCAGAACUGCAGGUGAUCAGGUCUGAUUGUCCAUGAAACUCUACUGCCACCCAGUGUUAAACCAAGUGAACAGUCAAUGCCUCAGUAUAACUGGCAGCAUUGCAAUGUUUGAGAUCAGUUUCACUGGUCUAAUCUCGGUCUCUUAUUUUAAGACUCAUUUGUUAACAUAAUUACUGUGAUUGGACGUAAAACUCCUGCUUCAAGUUCUGUGGCUGUCUGAGGAGAAGACAGCCAAAUCUCCAAAUUUGGUUAACUAAACCUCAAUCUGCCAGACGGAGUCCAAAAGAAAACACACAGUAGUAAGCAGAUCCCGCAACACAACGCUGACUGAGACAGCUGACCCCGGAGCAAAUGAGUAACUGAUUGUUAAAUUUAUUUACCAGACAGCUCACCUCCACACAACUGCAAAAUGUACAGUGAUCGUUUAGU